AAAUGGCGGAUCUUUCGAAAUACGUUCGCUGCCGCUGAUGGAACUGGCGGCUCCUGAUCGCCCCCCUGCCGCCCGCAGAUGAGUACCUGGUCCUGUCAUUACUGCCACAACUGUGAAAAUGGAGAUGGUUUCAGCAGAAGUCAACAGCUUGCUCCCUGAAGAAAUAAUGGACACCGGUAUAACUCUGGUAGAAGAUGACAGCAUUGAGGCAGUUAUUGUGUCAUCACCAGUGGGAGAUUCUAUUCCCAUGGAAACAGAACUGGAAGAAAUAGUGAAUAUAAACUCCACUGGUGACUCCUUGGCUACAACUACAGCCACAGUCACAACAGAAUCAGUUACUACAUCAAGCAAUCACUUGGGUGACGUGACCACCACAACGCCCAAAACUGAUGUGAAUGAAGUAGUAAAGCCAACCUUUCCAAGUGGCCUCCAUAAACUUGGUUCUCCGACCCCUGUCAGUAUAUCAGCCAGUCAGAUUAUUUUGAACAAGACCACCGAUAUUAAAAUAGGCAAUCAAAGUAUUAAACCAGAUGGGCAAAAGCUAAUUGUAACAACUCUGGGCAAGUCUGGCCAACCUAUUGUUUUAGCAUUACCACACAGCCAACUUCAACAGGCACAGAAGGCCACAUCCCAGGCCCAAGGUGGAGACUCCAAGGUACAAGGCCAGCAAAUCAAAGUUGUUAUUGGAGGUCGGUCAGAAGUGAAACCUGUUGUUGGUGUCUCAGCUUUGACACAAGGAAGUCAACUGAUAAACACUGCGGCACAGCCUUCUGUUUUGCAGACCCAGCAAUUAAAAACAGUACAGAUUGCAAAGAAGACCCGAACCCCAACUUCUGGCCCGGUGAUCACCAAGCUGAUCUUUGCAAAACCAAUCAAUAGCAAAGCUGUCACUGGGCAGACCACUCAAGUGUCACCAGUCAUUGCAGGUAAGGUUCUUUCACAGUCUGCUCCAGGAACACCACCAAAGACAAUAACAAUCUCUGAGAGUGGAGUCAUUGGAUCGUCUUUGACUACAACAACUCAACAGGCACCCAAUAAAAUAGCUAUCUCACCACUCAAAUCUCCUAAUAAGCAGCUAACAGUGGUGUCAGUGGCCUCCCAGCCUCCCAACGCCUCCCCUCAGAAGACAGUGGGCGUCCCACUGAAUGUAGCAUUAGGACAGCAGAUCCUCACAGUGCAGCAGUCUGCACCCUCCUCUCCUGGGAAGGCUAUAGUCAACCACACAACUGCCCAGGCUGUGAAAUCAACAGUGCAGACCAUUACUGUAGGAGGAGUGGGUGCAUCUCAAUUUAAGACUAUUAUUCCCUUAGCAACUGCGCCCAAUGUUCAGCAGAUUCAGGUACCUGGAAGCAAGUUCCAUUAUGUCAGACUUGUUACUGCUACAACAGCCAAUAGUUCAACUCAAUCAGCCAGUCAAAAUCCCAGCACGAAUACACAGCCUCUUCAACAGGCCAAGCCAGUGGUGGUGAAUGCAGCCCCAGUACGGAUGUCUGUUCCCAUAGUGCCAGCACAGACUGUGAAACAGGUAGUGCCCAAACCGAUCAACCCAGCUUCCCAGAUAGUUACUACUAGUCAGCCCCAACAAAGACUUAUUAUGCCAGCCACUCCACUGCCGCAGAUACAGCCCAACCUCACCAAUCUCCCACCGGGCACUGUACUGGCACCAGCACCUGGCACAGGAAAUGUUGGGUAUGCAGUCCUUCCAGCUCAGUACGUCACACAGCUACAACAAUCGUCCUAUGUAUCUAUAGCAAGCAACACUGGGUUUACAGGGACAUCUAGUAUCCAGUCCCAAGCACGACUACCAUUUAAUGGAAUAAUUCCUUCUGAAUCUGCAAACCGCCCAAGGAAGCCUUGCAAUUGUACAAAGUCUCUAUGUUUGAAAUUGUAUUGUGACUGCUUUGCAAAUGGUGAAUUCUGCAAUAACUGUAACUGUACAAAUUGUUAUAACAACCUGGACCACGAAAAUGAUAGGCAAAAAGCAAUAAAGGCCUGCCUUGACAGAAAUCCUGAAGCCUUCAAGCCCAAAAUAGGGAAAGGAAAGGAAGGAGAAUCAGAUCGGAGACACAGCAAAGGGUGUAAUUGUAAACGCUCAGGAUGUCUCAAGAACUACUGUGAAUGUUAUGAGGCAAAAAUCAUGUGUUCUUCCAUAUGCAAAUGCAUUGGCUGUAAAAAUUUUGAAGAAAGCCCAGAGCGAAAGACAUUGAUGCAUUUAGCAGAUGCUGCAGAAGUUAGGGUCCAGCAACAGACUGCUGCAAAGACCAAGUUAUCUUCCCAAAUCUCUGAUCUGCUGACAAGACCAACACCAGCACUCAACAGUGGUGGUGGGAAGCUGCCCUUCACAUUUGUAACCAAGGAGGUAGCUGAUGCAACCUGCGAAUGCCUUCUUGCACAGGCAGAGCAAGCAGAGAAGAUGGGCAAGUCAAAAGCUGCAGCGGAACGCAUGAUCCUGGAGGAGUUUGGACGCUGUUUGAUGAGAGUUAUUAACUCUGCAGGGAAGUCCAAAAGUGACCCUUGUACCAUGAACUGCUGACUGGAGCACAGCAAAGCAGACUGAACAGAAUACUUAAGGCACAGGGACACUUUGGUUUGGCAAAGAGGGUAUAAUAAUAUUUGUUAA